AUGUCCAGGGAAGAUGAAGAAAAAACGGCGUUUCAUACCGAUGUGGGCAUUUUUUGUUAUACCAAAAUGCCUUUCGGCCUGCGAAACGCCGGAGCCACUUAUCAGCGGCUCAUGGACAAGGCUUUCGAAAAACAAAUCGGCAGAAACUUAGAAGUUUACGUUGACGAUUUGGUAAUCAAGAACAGGGAAGAGAAACAAAUGCUUGAAGAAAUUGAAGAAACCUUCCAAAAGCUCAGAGAAUACAAUAUUAAGCUCAACCCCAAGAAAUGUUCAUUUGGGGUAGAGGAAGGCAAGUUUUUGGGGGUAGUGGUCACCCGGGACGGCUUUAAAGCUAACCCGAAAAAGGUAGAUGCCAUAACGCGGAUGCCUUCUCCCAGGACUUUGAAUGAAGCGCAAGCACUAAAUGGGCGUCUAGUGGCUAUAAACAGACUCUUGGCAAGACACGCCGAGAGGACUUUGCCAUUUAUAAAGACGUUAAAAGAUUGCCUUAACAAGAAAAAUUUCAAAUGGACCAGCAAAGCGGAAAAAGCCCUGCAAGACAUGAAACGUUUCAUCGAGAAACUACCCAUGCUGACAGCGCCAUACCUAGAAGAACUGCUCAAAAUGUAUCUAGCGGCGGCUCAUAACGCGCAAAUAUUGCACAAGCCAGAGAUCUCGGGAAGACUGGCUAAGUGGGCAAUCGAGUUGGGAGCCCUGGAUAUCGAAUAUCGAAAGCGAACAACAAUCAAGGGACAUGUGAUCGCCGAUUUCUUGGCUGAAAUUCCUGAGGGUGAAACGAUACAGGAUCCCGCUGUCCAGGAUAUCCAGGAAUCCAGCACAGCCAGACAAACCUGGAAACUUUACACCGACGGAUCAUACAGCGGGAAAGAAUAUGAGGCGCUACUCGCGGGCUUAAGGAUGGCCAAAUCUAUGGGAGCCACAAGAGUUGACGCAUAUGUUGACUCUUUGCUGGUUGAUAAUCAAGUCAACGAAACUUACGAGGCCAAGGAUGAAUCAAUGGCAAAAUACCUGGCUAAAACAAAGGAGCUCAUAGCUUCCUUUGAUAAUGUCACGCUUAAUCACGUCCACAGGGGAAAAAACCAAAUAGCAGACGCCUUAAGCAAACUUGCUACUUCGGGCAUGGAAAGAGAAGUAAAGGUAGAAAGGCUGCAAAUGCCUUCUAUUGAACCCCGGGAAGUCUCCGCCCUAACAGCAGAAGAACCCUGUUGGUACACCCCAAUACUAAAGUUCCUCACAAAAGGUGAAUUACCUCCUGCCAGGGGUGAAGCCCAAAAAAUCCAAACCAAGGCAUUGCAAUAUGAAGUCAACAAUGGUGUCCUCUACAUGAAAUCAUACUUGAGACCACUACUGCCGUGUAUAUCCCCAGCAGAGGCAAAAUACCUUAUCCAAGAAAUACACUUGGGCAUAUGA